AACAGAAACCAAGGCAUCGCGACAGGAAAGGACAAAUCCCACUUUUAACUCUCGCGCGACUUGCUCUUUUCCUCCUCUUUCACUCCCUGUAGCCAACAUGGCAGUCGGCAAGAAUAAGAGGCUGACCAAAGGUGGCAAAAAGGGUGCCAAAAAGAAGAUUGUGGACCCUUUCUCCAAAAAGGACUGGUACGAUGUCAAGGCGCCGGCCAUGUUCAUCAUCCGUAAUAUUGGCAAGACCUUGGUCACCAGGACUCAGGGAACCAGAAUCGCCUCUGAUGGUCUGAAGGGUCGCGUUUUCGAGGUGAGCCUCGCCGACCUGCAGAACGACGAGGUGGCCUUCCGCAAGUUCAAGUUGAUCACGGAGGAUGUGCAGGGCAAGAAUUGCCUCACCAACUUCCACGGCAUGGACCUGACCCGUGACAAGAUGUGCUCUAUGGUCAAGAAGUGGCAGACGAUGAUCGAGGCCCACGUGGACGUGAAGACCACUGACGGCUACCUGCUGCGUCUCUUCUGUGUGGGCUUCACCAAGAAGCGCACCAACCAGAUCCGAAAGACUUCUUACGCCCAGCACCAGCAGGUGCGUCAGAUCCGCAAGAAGAUGAUGGAGAUAAUGACCCGCGAGGUGCAGACUAACGACCUGAAGGAGGUCGUCAACAAGCUGAUCCCUGACAGCGUUGGCAAGGACGUCGAGAAGGCUUGCCAGUCCAUCUACCCUCUGCACGACGUCUACGUCCGCAAGGUCAAAAUGCUCAAGAAGCCCAAGUUUGAAUUGGGCAAACUGAUGGAGCUCCACGGCGAAGGCAGUUCCGGUAGCACCAGCAAAGGACCUGGAGAUGACACCGGAGCUAAGGUGGAGAGGGCCGACGGUUAUGAGCCCCCCAUCCAGGAGUCGGUCUAAAAAAAUAACCAUCCUGACAGAUUUAAUAAUAAAAAAAAAUGUAAAUGAC